GCAAAAUUACUGCCUCACGCUUCCAAAACUAGUACGAAAAACAAAACUUGUGCUUUAUUUUCAUCCGACUUCGCAGUUUCAUUUUCAGCAAAAUCCUUCCACCGAUAUUCAUAGCUUGCAGUUCUCAUAAGUAUUUGCUCUUUUCCAAAGGAUUGCAGGUUGACGAUGUAUGACAGAAGAAAAAAGAGGGAAAGUAGGUGCUCAGAGCUGGAAGAUUUAAAGUAUAAGUACUAUAAAGAGUUGAGGGAUGGAAAACUCAAAAUUGCUGGCUCUGGGAAGUAUCUUCGAUGCCCUUUUUGUGAGAAUUAUAGGAGAAGUGAUUAUAAUCUGUUAGAGCUUGAACAACAUGCAUCUAGAAUUGCAAAAGAAUCAAAAAGUGCGACCUUCGGGGACAAAGCUCGACACUUAGGAUUGCUUAAGUACUUGGAUCGUUAUGGAGAUGAGGUAGGAAGUAAAUCACAAUCUGUGAAGAGAAGUCCUCAUAUUUCAAAGAGUCGUCAUGAUGAUAACAGAAAAUAUGGGAAAUAUUCUGGAGAAUCUAGGUUACCACAGGGAGCCCCAAAUGACAGUUUAUGUUCUGUAGAGAGAAUUAUUCCGAAUGUAGAUAAACCUGUUGAUAGUGACAUGUUAACUCAUACUGCUGCUGGCAAUAUUGACCCUGGGGAAAUGGUGACAGAAGUGGGAGAAAUAGUAGCACCGAGAGGAAAUUUAGUUGGUGAAGUAGAUGAACUAGUCACUGAGGCUGGAGAAAUAAAUACUGAAUCAGCAGAUGUGGGCGGCAUUGCCAAAUAUAGAUCAUUAAAAUCUGAAGAGAACUUGCUGUCCCGAUCUCGUACCGCUAUAAGGCAGUCUGCUGACAGAGGUGAUGACGAGCCUAUCGUUUGGCCUUGGAUGGCUGUUGUUGCAAACCUUCCAAUUGAGAAAAAAGAUGGAAGAUAUGUGGGUGAAAGUGGCCGAAAGCUCAAGGAUGAGUGGGUUAUCCAAGGAUACAAUCCUGUGAAGGUUCACCCUUUGUGGGGUUUCCAGGGCCACUCGGGAUUUGCGAUUGUUGAGUUCAGCAAAGAUUGGGAAGGGUUAAAAAAUGCUAUGGCUUUUGAGAAGGCCUUUGAAGUGGAUAACCAUGGAAAGAGAGAUUGGUAUUCCAAAAGACAGAAGGGAGUUAAGUUGUACGGCUGGCUUGCCCGUGAAAGGGAGUAUCUGGGAGGGGGACUUAUUGGUAAACAUCUUCAGAAUCAUGCAGAUCUCAAGACCAUAUCCGAUAUCCAAAAAGAACAUCAUAGGAAAGACACUUCCUUGAUGUGUACAUUGACUAAUCAAUUGAAGUCGAAGAGUAAAGAAUGUGAAGAGAUACAGAAGAUUAUUAGCAAGACUGAUUUACUUAUGAAUAAUAUUGUGGCGCAAAAGGAAAAUAUGGCUCAUAACUACAACGAAGAAAUGAAGAAAAUGCAGGAUGCUGCAUCGCAUGAACUCAGGAAAAUUUAUAAGGAGCAGAAGAGAAGUAAAGAAGAACUGGACGAUCGGAAAAAAGAGCUCAAGCUAAGGGAGAAAGAACUAUAUCAACGUCAGGCUCUGAAUGAGAGUGAGAAGAGGAAGCUGGAUGACCAAAAUAAAGAGAAUGAUAUGGCUAUCUUGCAACACCAGAAGGCUGACGAGAAUAUACUGAAACUUGCUGAAGAACAGAAGAGAGAGAAAGAAGUCCUUCACAAAAAGAUCUUAGAACUUGAGGCAAAACUUGAUCAGAAGCAAGCAUUAGAGUUGCAGAUUGAGCACAUAAAGGGAGCUAUUGGGGUUAUGAAACUUAUGGCUGAAGAAGGAGAUAUGGAAGCUAAGAAGAAGUUGGAGUCAAUUGAAGAGGAGCUUAGAGAUAAAGAAGAAGAACUUGAUGGUGUGGAAUCUCUAAAUUCAAAUCUUAUAAUCAAGGAGAGAAGGACCAAUGAAGAGGUUCAAGAAGCUCGUAAGGAGCUGAUUGCUGGUAUAAAAGGUGGCCGUGCCAACAUAUGUGUGAAGAGGAUGGGGGAUCUGGAUGAGAAACCAUUUAUCAAUCUCGUGAAGGUGAAAUAUGGCAAUGCAGAUGCAGAAAAAGCACUGGAAGUUGUUUCCUUGUGGGAAGAUCACCUUAGAGAUUCAAAUUGGCAUCCAUAUAAAGUAAAAGUGGAAGGAGGAAAGCCCAAGGAGGUACUUGACGAAAAUGACGACAAGCUGAAAGAGCUAAAAAAUGAACUUGGGGAAGAAGUCUACAAUGUAGUGACGAAGGCUCUGAAUGAAUUGAAUGAGUACAAUCCAAGCGGUAGGUAUCCAGUACCAGAGUUGUGGAAUACCAGUGAACAGAGGAGGGCUAUGCUCAAAGAGGGAAUUGCACAGUUAAUGAAACAAUGGAAGCUCCACAAACCAAAACGCCGAAGGAAUUGAAGUAAAAUUGAAGUUCUUGGUUUUGUGUCUAUCCUAUGCAUAUCGGAUAAUGCUUCUACUUGACACCCAAAGUUGUCAGUAAUUCUAAUUGAUGUUGUUCUUAACCAGAAGGUAAGGCUAAUCUUUUGUUCUCUUUAAUGCCAGACUGUCAUCCAUUGUGAUAUAACUUUGAAUCAAAUGGACCUCGAGCCAUUGUAUUUUGAUAACUAUUCAGUAUAUUCUGGCCAAAUGGAACUAUCCUUUGCUUUUCCUGAGCGGAUUA